UUGUUCUCCUGCGGGUGAGCCCAGUCCGUGCCUCGUCGCCUCCCGGAGCGCUCCCCUCGGCGCCCCGCGCCCAGCGACUGCCGCCACGAACUGGCCAGGUCGGGCACUGCCUGCUCCAGAGAGCCCACGUUCGGCGCCCGCCCGACCCUCCGCUGGCCCCCCAAACAGGGCACCUGUUCCAGGAGCUACAACUGAAUCAACUGACAAGGAACCUGCAGAGCAAACACCAUGAGCAUCUCCGCUUUGGGAGGCAGCACCAAGGGGAAGCCCCUGCCUCCAGCUGAGGAGGAGCGCAAUAAUGUACUCAAGCAGAUGAAAGUUCGAACAAUACUGAAGGGGGACAAGAGCUGGAUCACCAAGCAGGAUGAAUCCGAGGGCCGUACCAUAGAGCUGCCCCCAUGCCGGAAUCGGGCCACAUCCUUUUCAUCAGCUGGGGAGGUCUCAAAGGCCAGGCCUCCCAGCACAAGGGCUUCUACUGGUUAUAUCAUCCGGGGAGUGUUCACCAAGCCCAUAGAUAGCUCAUCUCAGCCCCAGCAGAACUUUCCUAAGGCCAAUGGAGCUCCAAAAAAUGCUACUGGACUGGUGGGAGCAGGUAAUCUUGGCCCUACCCGCCCCUCUUCCUCUGGCUACAAGAUGACCACUGAGGAUUACAAGAAGCUGGCACCCUACAACAUCAGACGCAGCUCCACAUCAGGAGCUGAGGAGGACGAGGUGCCCUUCUCUUCACAUGAGCAAAAACGGAGGUCAGAGGCUGCAAGCAGUGUGUUGAGGAAGACAGCCCCCCGGGAGCAUUCAUAUGUCCUGUCAGCAGCCAAGAAGACCACUGGAAGUCCUACCCAGGAGAUCCAGGCCCCAUUUAUUGCAAAGAGGGUUGAGGUGGUAGAUGAGGACAGUCCUUCUGAGGGGACCCGGCAGCCACCUGCUCUGGCAAGACCCACUUCUGGCUUGAGCAGCUUGAAAGGUGAUGAGAUUGUCCGCCUGCAGAUCAUGGCACCCAGGGCAGGACUUCACCUGGUAGCCCCACACCUGGAAGGCGUGAGGUGUUCCCUAGGCCACAAAGACAAAGACGCACCUUGCUCCGUAGGGUUCAAAACAGACUCAGCUGGUGAGGAAACCUUCAAGGACCCCAACAUGGACUGUAAAAGAUUAGCUGCACAAUUGAGGGACAGCAACAUUGAAUCUGGAGCCACAAGGUCCCCACCAGAAUUCUCAGCUGGAGCAGACAAUGGCUCUGAGACAAGAGGCUCCAGUUCCAUUUCGGGCUCUGCUGUCCUGGCUGAUAAGAAGGACGGCAGUGCAGGAGACCUGAAGGACACCAAGGCACAUUUCAAGGGGAUCUUGGCCAGUUAUGAGGCGAAGAAUGCGGGCCCCAAGAUCAGUCAGUCCCGGCAGGAGAGAUCUGAAGCCCUGGGACGGGUGAAGGAAGAGCCGGCCGCCCCUGCUGAGCAAGCGGAAGCCCCCAGCGCCUUGGAGCCUCUGAGCAGCCAUAGUGCGGAGCAGUGUGCGCAAGCGCAGAGCGAGGGCGGCAGGAUCUUGGCCAGUUAUGAGGCGAAGAAUGCGGGCCCCAAGAUCAGUGAGGCCCGGCAGGAGAGAUCUGAAGCCCUGGGACGGGUGAAGGAAGAGCUGGCCGCCCCUGCUGAGCAAGCGAAAGCCCCCAGAGCCUUGGAGCCUCUGAGCAGCCAUAGUGCGGAGCAGUGUGCGCAAGCGCAGAGCAAGGGCGGCAGGGUGAGAAGCCCAUCCAGCUGCGUGGUCACUGUGACUGUCACUGCUCCUUCUCAGCAACCUCACAUUUAUAUUCCGGACUCUCCCAGUGAAUUGGAAUCCAGCUCAACAACCAAAGGGAUUGUGUUUGUGAAGGAGUACAUGAAUGCUGCUGAGCUGUCUUCUGGGAAGCCAGCCUCUGCACGGUAUGGCAGUGUCAGCAGUGCUGAGGACUCACCUGACAUGGAGAAGAAGCCCCCGUACAACAGCACUCCAUACACUGAGAGAACAAGUGAAGGGAUCUGUACUUACUGCAGCCAUGAGAUCCGAGACUGUCCAAAGAUUACCCUAGAACAUCUUGGUAUCUGCUGCCAUGAAUAUUGCUUUAAGUGUGGCAUCUGCAAUAAACCAAUGGGUGACCUCCUGGAUCAGAUCUUCAUUCACCGAGACACCAUCCACUGUGGGAAAUGCUAUGGAAAGCUCUUCUAGCUCCCCAUUGGCUGAGCAGAAGCUGAUGAAUCACAGACAAGUUUGGCCAUCCCAUUGCCUGAAGUUACUGGCUCCUCUCUUUCUCUAUCUUACUGAUCUCUUCAUACUUCUACCCAUCUUAGAUCAAAUUUACUAACAUCCAAUACUGUAUCUCAAUGAUGCUAUGCCAAUUACUUGUGUAUGUAGUUUUUAUAGCUUAAGAAAUCACUUUACAGCUAUGAUUUCAUUUCAGGCUUGAAAUCCUUGACCAAAGGAUAAAAUAGGAACUGCAUUUCGACUUCUCUAAGACGUUUUGGAUUUCUAAUAAAUGCAGCCAAUCUGGAUGUUAGGCCUAGGCCGAAGUGUGAGGCUUCUGAGGGACAGCAUUGAAAACUAUUGACGAUCCCUGGUGGGUAAAUCGCUGGCAUUAAAUGCUAGGCGUUGCCAUACGCUAAUUGCUUGUCUAUUUGCCAGAUGCAUUGAAAACUUUCCAUCUACUUUUUAAAGUAGUUAGUUGUUUUUCAUGGAGUUAUGUAGCAGAUUUUAAUUACUUCUUCCUAUCUUCCUUUCACUGUAUUUGAGUUUUUCUGUGAAGGUAUGUGGGCAUGUAUUGGGAAGUUUACAUAAUAGACUUAAAUUUACUAGGGUAUAAUUUUAGGAAGCUAUCAACCAAAGGGAUAUCUGUAUCUAUUUGAAUCGAGAGCUGAUUAAUAUCUUUGUCUUCAAUUCCUGCUCCCUGAGAUUUACACAGAAGUCCUCUCAACUAGCUUUUAGGAUAUGUAUAACCCAGCAAGAUUAAGGAGAGAGAAAAAGCAGAUCACAUUUCUUACGGCCUCACCACAUACCAGCUGUUAUCCUAAAGUGAAGGCAUUCCUCCCUGUGAUCAUCCUGAGAAGAGGGUAGGCAUCCUCAUCCUCAUGUUACACAAAAGAGUGAAGCUCAAUGAGGUGGGCCUGGCCUGUGCACAAACACUGCAACUUCUCCCCACAGCUGGUGUUUUCUCUGGGAGCCAAUUGAUUUGGUGUUCAGUAUGUGCCAAGCGUUGUUUGGAGGACACCUAAUUCCUACUGUAUAACACCACCCCAUGGGGUUCUCAUGGAGCAUAUCCUUACAAAGGGGAACAUUGUGACACCCACUUCUCCUCUAAGCAUACUGAGUACUCCCUAAAAUACUCCAAGAGCCAGUUUGCCCCUCAUCCUUCUCCUCCCUUUCCACGAAAAUUCCUCCAAACCAAAGCUUUUAACUGGGACCAGAUUUGAUUCCCAGUUUUUCCCAAAGAUAUGCUUAUUGAACCAGAGAAAGAUCUAGUAGGUCUGCUUUCAUGAGCACAGAGCCUUCAGUGACCUCCUGAUUUCUAGUCCACGUUCUGUCUCAAGCUAGCAGCAACUACUGGGGCUGUUAGCACAGACAACACAGGAUUGUGUUGGCUGGCAGCACACAGACAGGCCUAUCUGUGCAGCUUGCUGACUGCAUGAACUCACUUGUACUCUGCUGCUUUUAGGCCUAGCAUUAAUUUGCAAUUUCUUUGAGUGGAAGAACAAACUUAAAGUUUUCAAUUCAGUGAGGUACCAGUGGUUCAUGCCUGUAAUCCUAGCUACUCAGGAAGCUGAGAUCUGAGGAUCACAGUUUAAAGCCAUCCUGGCCAAUAAAGUCUGUGAAAUUUAUAUCUCCAAUACACUAUCAAAAAACGCCAGAAGUGACUCUGAGGCUCAAGUGGUCGAGUUACUAGUGUUGAGUAGUGUUGAGCAAAAUUAGCUCAAGGACAGUGCCCAGGCCUUGAAUUCAAGCCCCAGGUCUGGCAAAAAGAAAAAUACAAAUUCAAAAUGAAGGCCUCUUCUCUUGAUUUUAUUAGAAAAUGUCUUUACAUCUUUCCACAGUUUCUGAACUCUAUGCACAAUAAUUUGUGAACAUAUUCUUCCUGCCAAAUGAUUAGAUAGGAAUGUGUCAUUUAUUUGCAUAGUUGUGCAUAUGAUUUACUCUGAAGGAAAAAACACAAGUUAGCAUGGUAUGCUCUGUGCCCACACGACAUGAGCUAGUCUUCCUUAAGUGUGACUCUCAGAAUGGGUCUUCGUGGCGCAUUGUAAGCACUAACACUUAGGUGCUGAAUGAAUGGGAAUGAGAAAGAAGCCAGUCUUUUGGUGAGAAGUGUUAUUCCAGAGUGUCAGUGGAGGCCCUUAAGACACAACAUAAGGUAAAGAAGCCACAAAUGGGCUGAUUUCUCCACCUCCUUGUUAUACUCUACAUUUAAGGGCGUUUAGAACCAAAAUGUAAGAUACAAAAAGACAGCUUGUAAGAUGAAUUUUGAUUUUGAUCCAAAACAGCUUCUUUCAUUUCUUAAAAGACACAGAAAUCUGUACACAUAAGGAAGAGGAAUGGUUGAGUUGUUUGAAUUGCUUAGUGUUUAUAAUUAUGCUUGCUUGAUCCACAUUAAUGUACACAAUUACAAUAAAUGUUAAGCUAUUAUACAA